AAGGGGGCCCAUUGCAGUUCCCAAACCCUCCAAACUCCUUCCAGCCCAACGCCAUAAACCAGGGCAGAGAAGAGGAAGCGCCGCCCGCCGCCCGCCGCCCGCCGAUGCAGCAGCCGAUGCCCAUGCCCGCGCAGGCGCCGUCGAUGCCGCCGGCGACGGGAAUCACCACCGAGCAGAUCCAAAAGUAUCUGGACGAAAACAAGCAGCUUAUUUUGGCUAUUUUGGAGAACCAGAACCUGGGAAAGUUGGCAGAAUGUGCUCAGUAUCAAGCCCAGCUUCAGAAGAACCUCUUGUAUUUGGCUGCAAUUGCUGAUGCCCAACCACAGACCACUAUAAGCCGUCCCCAGAUGGUGCCACCCGGUGGGAAUUACAUGUCGCAGGUGCCAAUGUUCCCCCCGAGGACCCCUCUAACGCCACAGCAGAUGCAGGAGCAGCAGCUGCAACAACAGCAAGCUCAGCUGCUUCCCUUCGCGGGUCAAAUGUUUAUGAGGUCUGGGGUUGUGAAUGGAAUGCCUCUACAAGCUGAAAUGCAUCAGGCAGCAGGCGCACUAGGCAAUCAGAAUGCUGGAGCCACCUCAGAGCCUUCUGGCACAGAGAGCCACAGGAGCACUGGGGCUGAAAACGACGCGGGAAGUGACUAGGCUGAUAAAUCAUCCUAGGAGUUUAAGGUAAGGUGCCGUUUUAGGUUGCGAAAAAAAACAUUUAUACAACGACUGAGUGGAGAGGGGAUCAUUUCUGUGCCCUUUAACGAUGAGUGGCUGUGAUCUUCGUCAGAUGAUGGUCAGUGGUUGUUACAUUUACCUGUGGUUUCAGUCUGUGGUGCAAACAUAGAUUGUUGCAAGGAUUUGUGGUUC